AUUUUGGAAUAUGUCUACUACAAGUGGCUCUAGCCCGCGACGCAAGACGCCUCCGAAGCUCGCUACUUCAUGUGCUGCAAUUGACACAACCUCCAGCGUAGAGGAAGAACUCGGCGGGAAAGUCCUUUGUCGAUGGAGUCCUAAGACCGAAGGGCCAGAGUUGUUGGUAAUGCAGGGAGAUCUUACUUGUUGCAAGGCCGACGCCAUCGUCAACGCCGCAAAUACUCGUUUGAUGCAUGGAGGGGGCCUGGCUGGAGCUAUUGUACGUAGUGGGGGCUCGUCCAUUCAGCAAGAGAGCAGCAAAUGGGUCAAAGACCACGGACCAUUGACAGUCGGAGACGCCGUUACUACUGCGGCUGGCAAGCUUACCUGCCAGCAUGUGAUCCACACUGUAGGACCCAAUGUGGGGAGCGAGACUUUGACGUCGGAGCAUGCGACACAGCUCCGUCAUGCAGUGUGGAGUGCGUUACUGGAGGCAGACCGACUGGAAGUGAAGUCUGUGGCGGUCCCUGGGAUAUCAACAGGAAUAUUCGGAUACCCGAGAGAUUUGGGGGCUAAGGAGAUUGUAACGGAAGCAGCUGAAUUCUGCAAGGAGAAAGCGGGCUCGACAGCGUUGAAGAGGAUUGCGUUGAUGAAUAUUGAUGACCCGACGGUGAAGAGCUUCGUGGAGGCGGCGACCGAUGAGAUGGAGGAGAGUGGGAAGAGACAUAAGGAUCUUAGCGAGGCGCUAGCGGGACUCAAAGUUCGCGAUACCUGCAUGGAGUCAGAUACUGUGCCAUGUACAAUUAUCGGUGUGAGCACGGCCAACAACAACUCGGUUAGCACAAAGGUUAUGAGCCUAAAGCUUGCCCAUGAUAAGAUAAUUUUUAGUUGA